AUGGAAGAUGAAAGAGAUGAAGUGUACAAAGGAGUGAAUAGUAAUAGCAAAGAGCACUUCGAAGGUAACUACGAAGCCGGUGACGAGGACAGGGAUGGUGAUGGGGAAGGUCUAGUCGUGAAAAAUGUAGUGGCUCCACCUGCAUUCGAUGAUUGUCAAAAAUAUUAUUGUGCGAGUGAUGACGACGAGGGCUUUGAGUGCCAAAAGGGUCCCAAAGGCUGGGAAAAUGGGAUAGGGGAUGCUGACGAUGGUAAAGGGUUUGGUGGUGCAACUGAUGCGGCAGACGGUGGUCUUAGCUGGCCAGUCAUCGUGAAGGACUUCUUGGGCAGAGAGUUUGCUACGGAGGAAGAUGCUUAUGCUGCCUACAAGGAGUUUGCUAGAUUUAGGGGUUUUGGAGUUCGAAAAGGAGAUGCUGUGCGUGUUAAGGGGGUUUUGAUUAGGAGAGACUUUUUCUGCCAUCGACAAGGUAUAAAACAUCCUAACCACUCUGAACAAGUAUGGGAGGAGAGGUUGGAGAGUCGAACGGAUUGCAAGGCAAAGUUGAAGAUUUACCAUGAUGUGCAACAUAACGUGUGGAAGGUCAGCACCAUCAUUGACGAACACAACCACGAGCUUGCUCUAACCAUAUUUACACAUCUCCUUCCUAGUCAUCGGAAGAUGAGUGACGGCGACAAGACCCAGGUUGAUAGUAUGAAGUAG